AUGGACCCAGACCAGCUCACAUCGCGCGGCUAUGGCAGAUACGCAGAACCAUCAAAGUACGAACGCGGAAAGAUCCCUGGUUAUGACACUUUCGGUCAUGCAACCAUCAUGAACAGCACAAAGGGUGGACAGAUCGCUCGAGCCAGGUAUGAUGAACUAUCUGAGCCACCCAUCCCCCGUCCCUCGUCCUUGUUCCCCUCAGCCGGUCCUACCGGGAAGCGUGGGAGCAGGGCUUGCGUGUCCUGGGAAGGGUGGUUUGGUAACGCUGAAGGGCGGGUCAUCUCUCUUGAGAACAGUGUGAAGGAACUCGCCAAUGGGCAGAGCCAAAUCCAGCAGACAAUUCUUGCUACCCUUCCGCACACCGGAUUGUUAUCAACCCCUUCCUCAAUCCCAACAAUUCUGUCGUCAAAUGAUGGCUCCACGGCUACCCCAAUGGGAUCCUUCUUCCCUCCUCCAACAACCUCACCUUCGGUCACAUCGCAAACUCCGCGAGCGCAGCAGCAUGCAUCCUCUUUAGCUGAUGCCGCGCGGACAGACGCUUCAGGGAAUCCGAGAUCUCCUCAGAACAUCGCUAGUGGGAGGUUUUCCGGUAACGCGCACCGCAGCGACCAAAAAGCCUGGCCGAAGCUUCCUGGUUUUGCUCCUCCGUCAUCAGACGCUGCCGUACCCUCAGCCUCGAUGGGUGCGCCCAUCCAAGCCUUGCAGACAUUAGCAAACGCCGCGGACCAAGCCGCAGCUUUCGCGAAUAAUAGCGGUGACUUGUCGGCAAGCGAGCGAUCUGACGUGUCCCGACCUUCACUGAAUGGUGCGAACACAGAUGGAGAGGGGCCCUCCCAUCGGAAGCGCAAAAGGAAGAGAGACACCCAAGCAAAUACUGGGAUCCAUUUGAGGGUUCGGAAGCAGACCAAACCGGACCCGACCCCGCGCAACCCCUUCCCCGAUGUUGUAACCAAAGGGCUGGUUUCGGAGGCGGAAGCCCGAGAGCUGUGGGACAUCGGUUGCCAUUACUUUGUUCCUCUGUUUGACAAGCAAUACGACGUGUACGAGUCGUUUCUGGAGAGAACACCAUUCUCCACAAAUGGUCUACUCGCUGUGGCAGCCAAAAUCAGAGCUGGGAACGGACCCGUCGGACCGACGUUUCAACGAUGUUUGGAGGAGGGGCAGGGCAUUGCCAGAUCAACGUUGUUUGGCCCCAUUGUCCGCAAGGAAGCCGUCAUGGCCAUGCUCAUCCUUAGCGUUUGGAGCCAAUACGGCUGGCUGCCCGUUGGACACGCACUUCGAAUGGGGUUGGACAUCAACUUGCAUCGCGCACUAGACAAGCUUUCGAACGACGAAGGGAAACGAACGGAGGCUGAAGAGCGCGAUCUCGUCGUUUCGGCACGUAUCUGGCUCAAUUGCUACUUGCACGAGAAUCUCCUAGGCACUGGCAAGCCGCUGAUGCUACGUGACGACUCGUCUGUCCGUGGAGCGCGCAUCCUCCUCCUGGUGGCCAGAGUUGAGCUGGUUAAUCUUCGCAUCCGUGUGUUGGAACAGCUGACGCCUUUGCAUGGGAAGGUCAAUUCGGAAACGAUAUCGACCGUUUGCAAUAUAUUUGACGACCUCCAGAGCUGGUAUCUGGAAUGGAAGGACAUCCACACAGAAAACUAUUCGCACAAUAGUAGCGUUUUGACACACCUUCUGGAGGUGGAACUCGGCUAUGCCCAACUGUGGACUGUGUGCGUGGCUCUUCGAGGAUGUCAAUGGGACAAGCGAGGGCUAGCCUUUGAGGCUAAGGACGCCGCCCUCAGGUGCUUGGAGAUAUAUCUCCGUGUGCCCCUGUUCCGCGGACAUCUCAAGUCCGCCGUCGCUUUCGCCGCCGUUUUCCUCCUCAAAAUUGCGAUGCUUUACCCCGACGCUGUACCUCUGCAGUCCCUCAUAUCUCAGGUUUCAGAGGUUGCACACGUUCUCUCGGCCGAGUGCUACGCCGAGCGCUACGCACUCACACUGAAGUUGAUGUUGGCCAGCCUUCGACGAAAAACUGGCGCUGCAUCCACAGUUCCCGGGACCCCAAGAGGCGGGAACAAUCUCACAGAGGCAAUGUCAUUGACCUCCGCGAACAACAAUGACGACGACGUUGAUGCCAAUAUCGACGGCGGCCUGCAAAGCUUGCUGGGCCUGCCCUCCGCCGAAGAAUCGUUCCAGGCGAGCGGAGCGAGUGAACCCUGGCCGCUCUUCAGUGAUAUAGGCGAGGGCUUUGCAUGGCCAACAGAGUUCAGCCCCAGCAACCUUCCCUCAUGGAUCCAGGACAAUGACGACGAAGGCAACGAUGAUUCCUUCCGACUCACCUCCUCGGUGCCGUCCAAAGAUAUAGACACCAGCGCGCUUCCCUCUCGAACUGCCGUCGAAAAGCAGUUCGGCAAAGCUGAGAUCGCUGAAUUGGAAAACGAGAUUAGUCAAGAUGGAGACACGCCAAACACGCGGUUACUGGCCACGCGACCAUCCGUCCUUGCCCCAAGGACGAAGGUGGAUGUUGUGGGAGAGCUGUCUAAUCUUAGGAGUCGACUGUCGCACGCUGCAGCAGCCGUGGAGGACGGCUUCUCACCGGUUCCGCCAGAGCAGGAGGGUGACCUGGUUAAGAGGCUGCGUCAACUGGAGACGCAACCGUCCGAGCAUUCCAACAUGCCGCGAGCUCAGGACACGGAUCAUCAGCGCUUUCCCAUCAGUGACGUCGAUAAGCGUCUGUCGUCGCUGGAGGAUUUAGUGGGCAUUGCGACAUCGACCGACGAGGGCCCGAUUGGACAACCUGCUCAACGUUCUGACUCAACCGCGUCAUCUCGAUGGCAUCUCGCGAAGAGUGCCGGGUCGAGUCCAGAAAAGGCCGCUCCCAGUGCUCUGUCUCAGACCGAUCAGGACACUUUGCAGGAUCUCUUUGCCCUUCUCCCCCGUCUCGACCCAUUGAUUCCUACUAUACCGCCACUGAUCACGCGACUUCGCAGCUUGUCCCAACUCCAUGCUGAAGCGCUCAGCAUUGCUGCCGAUCUUCGCGAGCUGCAGUCAUCUAGCGCAGAUGUCUCCGAUGAGGAGCGAGAGCUCAACGCGAUAGUCAAGAGUGUGCACAUUGGCUUUACUGAGGCGGCCACCGGCAUCCAGAAGAACUGGGAAGCUCUCCAAGGUCGCAUUCAGGGUUUGGAGGGCCGCUUGGAGAGGUUGAGUUGA